AUGGCAUCAUAUUUACCGGUUGAAUGUAUUAGGGAAAUUCUAGAAUAUCUCCGUAAUGAUACAAAUUCUUUAUACUCCUGUCUUUUGGUAAAUCGAAACUGGUGCGAAAUUACUAUUCCAAUACUGUGGCGGAAUCCGUUUGGUAGAGAUUUAAAAUCUAAUCGUUGCAAAAUGCUGAUAAACACCUACGUUUCACGUCUUAAAACAGAAGAAAUUCCUGGAGAAUUGGUCCCCAUACAGAACGAAAUUUCAACUUUUAAUUACGCUACAUUCUUACGAGUUUUUGAUUGUGAAAAGAUUUUAUUGGCUUUUCAUUAUUGGGCAAUUUCUAUAUCCUCUUUUCGUUUGUUCAUAUUCAAACUUUUAAUUCAACAUUUUAUUGCCAAUUCUCCAAAAUUUGAUCGAAUUGAUUUCAAAAAGAGUAUGCUUUUUAGCGAUAAUAUUUUUUUAUUUCCUGGAGCGAGACGUAGUUUUUCAAAAUUGCGUAAUUGUAAUUUUUUUGGGGAAUAUACGAAAGGUUUAAUUGAUUCUUGUGCAAGUGUGGCAAAAGAUAUUCGUUACAUAUCUUUUCGUUGCCUCGAACCUCAACACCCUAAUGUUAAUAAUGUUAAUGAUGAUUCAAUGGAUGGUUUGGCUCGCUUAAUAAGAUCACAAAGACAAUUAAAGAAAAUCCUUUUAUCAGAUGGAAGGUACAACACAAUAUUUAAGAAUGAAAUUUUUGAAUCUUUAACAACUCAAUCUGAUACGUUGACCGUAAUCAAAUUCUUAUCAAUUAAUUUUCACGAAAAUUUUCCACUAAAACAUUUAUUAAUUUGUAAGAAUUUAAAAGUUCUCAAGAUUGUUAAUUGUAAGAAUUAUGGAAAUUGUUCUAAAAUAACGGAAAAAUUACAACAAUUUCAUCAAUUGAAGGCCAUCACUUUUAGUUCUAGUAGACUUCCUUUUGAAUUAUAUAGAAAAUUAAUUUCUUUGGCAGGGUAUUCUUUACAAACUGUUGUUUUAAUGGGAAAAGUGUUCGCGGAAAUUCCUUUACCAAACUCUUUUGCAAAUAAUUUACAAGUCACUUCUAAUCCCUCCUCGAACUCCAUGUUAGAACCAUUUAUUGAGAUGUGUCCAAAUAUAAGGCAAUUUUUGGCGUGUGUAAAUGAAAGUCAAAUAGUAUAUCUACCGUCUUUAUUACGUUCAUGUAGAAAUUUGAAACGUAUAAGUCUUUAUGAUCCAAAGUAUCAAUCUCGAUCCUUUUAUUCUUCAAUUAGGGAUAUGCAAACUAUUAAUGUUGAAAAUUUAUUAGCAGAGAUAGGACGAGCGAUUCCACCAUCAUUAAUUAAAUUCAAUAUUAAUAUGAAUUGGAAGUUUAGCGUUGAAGUUUUCGGAUCAUUUUUACAAAAUCUUGGCGAUACUUCAAGUACGACAGCAAUUUUAUCUAAAGACACAAGAAAAGAUAUGAGGGUGACGAGGACAACACAAUUACAGAGACUAUCCUUUCAAUUUUGUACAUGUAUGACCGAUGAGCAUCUGGAAAUGUUUUAUAUGUACCCAAUUAAAAGUUUAAGUAUUUUAAAGAUUAGAGGCGCAGAAGGUAUAAGUGAAGAUGGGUUUAGGAAAUUAGUAGAUUUUUUUGGAGAUUGUGUUGGUGUACCCCAAAAAUUCAGAAAACAGCGUAAUACGAGUAGAGAUUGA